GUCAAAAAUAGUAGAAAUGGCGAACCGGACGGUAAAGGACGCGAAAUCAAUUCGCGGCACAAAUCCACAAUAUUUAAUAGAAAAAAUCAUCAGAGCACGUAUAUACGAUUCCAAAUAUUGGAAAGAAGAAUGUUUCGCUCUUACAGCAGAGUUGUUGGUGGACAAAGCGAUGGAAUUACGCUACGUCGGCGGCGUGCACGGGGGUUUUAUUUACCCGACUCCUUUUCUAUGUUUAGUGCUCAAAAUGCUGCAAAUUCAACCUGAGAAAGAUAUCGUGGUCGAGUUCAUUAAGAACGAAGAGUUUAAAUAUGUGCGUGCAUUGGGCGCUUUUUACAUGCGCCUCACAGGAACGUCCGUGGACUGUUACAAGUAUUUGGAGCCCUUAUUCAACGAUAACCGCAAAUUGAGGCGUCAGAAUCGCCAGGGACAGUUCGAAAUAGUGCACGUAGACGAAUUCAUAGACGAGCUGCUUCGUGAAGAGCGUUUAUGCGACGUGAUACUGCCUAGGAUACAGAAAAGGCAUGUACUGGAGGAAAACAACGAGCUGGAGCCUAAAGUAUCAGCCCUGGAUGAUGAUUUGGACGAAGAUAUGCCCUCCGAUGACGAUAAUGACCCAGAAUCCAAAGAAAACAGAAGAGACAAGGACAGAAGGGACAGGGAUAAGAGGAGAGAAAGAUCACGAGACCGUGAUCGCCGUCCGAAAGACCGCAAACGGGAGCGCUCGCGCAGCAGAGAACGCGAACGGCGGCGAGAACGAGACCGCGAGAGGGAGAAGGAACGCGAGCGCGAGCGAGACCGCGACAGAGAACGCAGAGAGCGCGAACGUGAAAAAGAGAGGGACAGGGAGAAGGAAAGAGACAGGGAGAGGAGGGAGAGGCGUGAGGUUGAGAGAAGGGACAGAGACAGGGGCGGGAGGUAUUAGUGUAAGAAUAAAACUGUGUUAAGAACCA